AUGUCUGUCGCCAAUACAAUCAAGGGAGACAUGUCGCAGCAAGUUCGAUCACUCUACCGCCAACUAUUACGGCAAGGCUCGCAGUUCUCUGCGUACAACUUCCGCGAGUAUGCGAAGCGACGCACGAGAGAUGCUUUCCGAGAGCACCAGGGCGAGCAAGAUAGCCGGAAGGUGCAGGAGUUGGUCCAGCAUGGAAUCAAGGAGCUUCAGAGCUUGAAGCGACAAACAGUCAUCAGCCAGUUCUACCAGCUCGACCGGUUAGUCGUUGAGGGCGGAAUCUCUGGCAAGCAGACAGGAAACAAUCAAGAGAUCUUGAGACAGAAGGAGCAAGGUUACGACUAA